GGAAGAGUGGGAGAGAUGGAGAAGGCGGUUAACCUCAGGAAAAUCACAGACUGGCAGCUGAUUGGCUGCCGAGGCGAAGCUGCAGCGUUUAUAACCAGAGCAGCAGAAUCAGAGAGCAGCAAACAUCUGCAGCAUCUUCAUCAUCAGUCACCACCGAGAAGAGGAGAUAAACUAGAGACACAGAGAACCACUCGAGAUUCCUGCAGCAGCAAACCAGACUGUGACACGAUGAAAGUGGCUGUGGUCUUCAUCCUGCUCUUUGCCACAGUUCUCUGUCGGCCGGCGAGGAGAGUUUCUGUCAGCAGCUCUGAGAGUUCUGAAGAAAUGGUGAGACGACCUCCCCCUCGCUACAUGAGGAAACCCGUGGCCUGGGGUCCUCGUUUCCGUGCAGCACAAAUACAGAACGUUCCAGCAGUCUCCACAGCUACAGAAUCAGAUGAGAGCAAGCAGAGUUCUGAGGAAGUUCAGGUGGCAGCAGAGGCUCCGGCUGUGGAAUUUAAAUUCAGCACCUUCGAUGCCACAGCUGUCCCUGACACAACCAGUGAGGACAGUAAAGACAGUGCAGACAGUGAUGAUGAUGACGAUGAUUCAGAGGAGAACGACACAGAUGAAGAUGAGAACGACUCCAACGACACCUCCGAGUCAGGAGAAUCCUCCACCGUCGCUCCCACCGUCGUCAUCCCUGUCACAGAUGAACCUGUGGUAGAAACCACCGUGGAUCCUCUGGAGCCGACCAUCGUCACAGACACAGACUCAGGACGUGGAGACAGUCUGGGAGGUUACCCCAGUGACUACAAGUCCAUCUAUGUGGAGGACAAGUCCUACCAUAAGGUUCCUUCUCCCUACAAGUCCUACGAGUACUACGACAGCGGGAAGAAGACGGACUAUGACAAGAGCAACGGCAACGACGUGGAGAAGUCCAUGAAGGUGUACAAGGUACAGGCUAUCCAGGUCCACUCUGACCUCCUGGAGGAGGACACCAGCACUCCUGAGGUGGAGAGCCAGGGUCUUGACACUUCCUCUGACGUCACACAGGACCUGCAGAUCAGCCCUCGUCAGGCGUUUGUUCCAGAGGAGGAGAACGCCAAUGACGCCACCACAAGUGAGAGCGAAAGCUCCAGCGCCACCCAGGAGGAGGAGGAGGAGGAGGAGGACGAGAGCGCCAGUGCCAGUGUGGAUUCUGAGGACGAGGACAGUCAGAGCAGUGAGGAGGCCACGGCUACACCCGGCGCCGCUGACAGCGACUCAGACGAGAGCGACUCAGACGAGGAUGGGGCGGUGCCUCAUGUCACCACUGAUGUGAUGGUGGUCAUCACUGCCAAAUAAGCCACGCCCACCUAGGAAACGGAGUGGAUGAAGGUGUCCCAUUCACAUACACAGGUGUAAACAAACCCUCAGACUCUUACUCUUUACUUUCUUCUUCUUCAGGGUCAAACAGACGCAGAGGUCAAGGUCAGAAAAUACAUCAGAGAAAAACUAUCCAUAGUUUUUAUGGUCCAGUAUUUAUGAGGUUAUCCACUUAGGUCAAAGGUCAAACAGCAUCUCACGAUCACAUCCCUUUCUUUCAACACAGCCAGUCUGGCCCAGUUACAGGGCAAACAACCCAUACAGUCACUAAUUAUGCUACUCUGCCGUCCAACAUCUGGUUCCCAGAAUAUGUGGGACACAUCUCAACCAAAGUGUAAUAUGACUGGCUGCAUGAUGGACCAGAGGAGACAGGCUUUUAAAAUUUCUCCAGAAACGUGGUAAUGUUCUCCAGGCUGCUCUGAUUGGUCCUUCUCUGCUUUGUUCAUGAGUGGUGGGUGGAGGUGACACCACCACAGCUGCUAACCAGUCAGGUCCACACCAGCUUUCUGGAGAACUGAUCCACCAAACGAACCAAUCCUGGGCCUUAACUCCUACCUUCAACCUUCUCUCUGUCUUUGUCUCCGUCUGCAAAAUGUCACAUUUGACCCACACACACACACGCACGCACACACGCACACACACACACAAACAAACACACAUGUAGCACAGCAUUUAACCGUGAACUAACACUGUGGUAUAAACUCAUUCUUAUUAUCUGCUCUUGUAUCAGUACUGACUGUAUUUAAACAUGUUUUAACUGUUUCACUCACACACACACACACACACACAGACGUUCUCUUGCACACGUCCUCUCUACACUACAUGUCCUUUGUCCAGCAGUGUUUACUGUGAUGUAAUGUAUUUCUAUGAUAUUAAUAUUAAUAAAAGUCUUUUUAUGUAAAA